CACAUUAUUAUUACUUGUGCAAUGCUUAUUUUCUCAUCUACUUACCACAUGCAACGUGAAUAAUUUAAAUAUUUUAUAUUUAGACACCGUUUGGUGAAUAUUUUGUAAGGCUGUUGAAUAAAGUGUACUUACUUUAAUUCCAGCACUGUGAAGAAACAAGUUUGAUUAGCACUUACACAUAUAUGUCAAAGUGACUUGGCUAUAGUCGGAUAUAAGCGUAUUGGAAAUAAACUAUUUGUACAAAAUUCGAAACAAAUACAUAAAAAUUGUUGUUGCAUUGUUAUGCAAGCGACCGGAUGCAUCAAAUAGUAAAUAACGGCUCCGGUGAGAAGAACAGAUUGUAUGGAGCUGCAUUAGAGUAAAGCCGAAACGGAAAAAGAACAAAUAAGUUUGUCACAUGCCGGCAACAAAAAUAAGAGCAACAACAAAAUUUAAAUCGUUAGGAAUAAAUUAAAAAAAAUGUUUAGUCGUAUUUUAAUAAACAUUAAACUUCGAUCAAAUGUUACACUGCGCUCUUGGUCAUACCAAUGUGAAUCGAUAGUGGCACAACGAUCACGACGAAUUCAGCAGCUUUUCACAUUCUAUCACCGAGUUUACGGUUCUAGCGGCCUCGCUCGAUUACUGCGGUCUUAUCACAAACAGUUUGAACCACCAAUAAGGGGCAUAAUGUUGAGCGCUGUGGGAGCUGUAGGUCUGAACAUCACUGGGGCCAUAGAAGCAGCAGGAUUCAAUUGGGAAAAGGAACGAUUGAGUCUUAAGAAUUUUGACCUUUGCCGGCGAGAUCUUGAUUUUCUAAACCAGCUGCCAAAUAAUGAGCUUUGCUCCAAUUGCAAAGAUAAGAACAUGCAAUUCUGUUAUUGCACAAUUGGCAACAAAAAGUGUAAAUCUCUUAAGGACGGUCGCGAGAGUAUGAGAAAUUGCAGAAGCCCACUUAAUUUAAAAAGAGACUCCGCACCAUUGGGAAAUAAAGUAAUAGAAACCUUUAGCGAAAGUUUAUGGGAACCUUACUUUAGCAAAGAUGAGUUUUCUGUAUGGCGGCGAGAAGAGCAUCCAUCUAUGUACUCGUACAAGGUGUAUGCACGAUUUGAUGAUAUUUCCGCCGAUGACCUUCUACAUGUACAAACUGAUUUAGGAUAUCGACGAAUAUGGGAUGAGACGGCAAUUCAUUUGGAGAUGGUUGAAGAAGAUCCACGGCCAAAUUCAAAUUCUCAUCUUAUAUAUUGGGAAAUGCAGUGGCCGAAACUAUUUUCCAAUCGCGACUACGUCUAUUGUCGACGUUAUAUUAAAGACGAUAAGCUCAAUGUUAUGAUGGUAUGCAGUCGCGGUACAGAACAUCCAAAAUAUCCUGUUUACUCCAAUAAAGUACGAGUUAAUGACUAUUGGAGUUUGAUGGUGAUUAAACCCUAUACAAAUUUCAGUGAACCCGGCGUACACUACAUACUAACAUAUUACGACGAUCCAGGCUUACCGAUACCACAGAAUAUAAAAUCGUGGGUAACACAAAAACAAAUGCCUGAAUUUCUGAAAAAAAUGUAUCUUGCGACGAAACAGUACUCUUUUAAAAGAGCACUCGAGAUGCAACAGAUAUUUAAUUUAUCAAGCUUCCAUCUACAAAGUCAAGAAUAUUUGGCGAACGAGUCCCGUACGAGCUGGUUUCGAAAAAUAUUACGCACUCGUGAACCAGGGAGCGGAAAGUAGGCAACAGAAGUAUAUUAUUUUUUGUUAAGGAAAAAGAAAAAAAGUUUCUGUUUUUUUUUUGUAAUAGGAGUAAUAUUGCAGAAAAAAUUGGCAAGAUUUUUGCUCCCCUAGUGAUAUUCAACAUAAAAUAGAAAGCAAAUUUCAACUUUUACUUUUUGAUUCGUAAAAAUCCAUCUUGUAAAUCUUAUUUGAACAAUCACAACGUUGUUGAACAUAUAUUUAAAAUUUUAAAUAUUUAAUCGUGCAAUAAAUGCAUUUUAGUUAUGCAGUAAAACUGGAAAUUUCGUUUAAGAGAUUAGUACAAGUUAUACUUAUUAUGUAUACUGCAACAUUUAAAAGAAUGUUAAACAAUUUACAAAUAUUUACUUAUAACAAACAAAAUUUAUUUCAACACACAAACUGGUUUUAAAAUUAGUUUUAAAAAGUAUGUGUGUUGCAGUACUGACCAUUUAGCUCAUAUUGUUUGGGUUAAUGUUAUUUACAUUUAAUAGGUAAAUUGUUUAAAUUUAAAUUAAAAGGGCUGUUGUUGUUCUCAAUUAUGACAGGAAUAUAAGUUCACACAUCGAUCCAUAAUUAGUUGUUUACAAAUUUAUAAAUCAAGAAUCACUUUUGUUACAAAAUUGCAAUAAACUUAAAAUGCAUUUAUAAAA